GAAAUUAGUGACGGAACCAGUUUUCGUCGCUAAUUUGGCUAAUCACCGACUGAUCUGGCGACAGAUUGGUUAUCAGUCGCCAAAAUUAAGAGAAAAUGGUUACCGACGGAAUUUCCGUCGGUAAUCCGUCGUUGAUUUUGGCGGGGUGAGGGAGGGAAGAAUUGCCGCGUUUUAGUUUGCCAAAAUUAGCGACGGAUAGUAAAGUUCCGUCGCUAAUUGCACAACUAUAUGAAACGCACAGUUUCAUUAAACUAAUUAGCGACGGAAACUGAUCAUCGGUCGCUAAUAAGUUUAAUGAAACUCUGCGUUUCAUUUAUCUUGAUUUUAGCGACGGAAUUACUGUCCGUCGCUAAAAACAAGAUAAAUGAAACGCAGCAGCCGGUCUUCUUCCAUUUCAGAAACCUAAUUGAAAAAAAAAGUGCUGCCGCCGGUGUCUUCUUUCAUCUGCUGCCGCCGGCGUCUUCUUCUAUCUGCUGCCGCCGGUCUCCCUCCUCCGCUGGUCUCUUUCUUCCUCUGGUCUCCCUCCUCCGCUGCUCCUCCUAUUCCCUACUGCCGGAGCUAAACCGCUGCCGUCCUCCUCUCACCGGCCACCGCACAUCUGUUUUGUCCUUAUUACGGUUAUUCCUAUUGUCGUCCACCCACACCAUUUUUACCAUCCACAUUCUCUUCUCAUUUGCGGUUCUGCUCUUCAACAAAAAUGAAUCCAGACCGCAGCAGGAUGUAUACGAGGCAUGACAGAGGCUUCCUGCCGCCAGAUUUUUUCCCUAAUCUUGAAGAGUUCGUGAAUUUUGCUGUGCAACAUCCCGAGUGUAUGAAUGGAGAAGAGAUAAAAUGCCCCUGUUCUAGGACAAAAUGUAGAAAUACGAAUUUUCGAGAUGUCGAAGUUGUGAAACUACAUGUCUUGCAGUCUGGGUUUGUUCCAGAUUACUAUGUCUGGAUUCACCACGGUGAGGUGAAUGUCCCUCCUGUUGUUCAGCAGCCGGUUAAUGAAUACGAUUACUAUAC